AUGUCAACAAUCGAUCAUCACUUCAUUCGUCACCUUCUCAUACAUGUCAAGUCUAACAACUACAAAGUCAACAAUAAUGACAAUGACAUCAACAAGUGGUGGCUAUGGCAAUCACUUGAACAGAUUGAUAUCGACUCAAGAUGGUGUCCACAGUUUAGAUAUAAUGCAAAUAGAAUUGAUAAGCUCAAGAGUAGACUCAACAUUGAUGUCACCGGAUGUGACAGUGUGAGGGACCUCAGUCUUCUUUCAGACAGAUGUGCACCAGUCUCGCGUGUUUGCAUUGAGACUUCAUCUCUUGGAGAAGGGUUCAGCUACGUCCUGCGACAAAUGUCAAUGCUCAAGCACACGCUAUCCAACAUCGCAAUCUGGUUGUCAAUAUGUGAUUUUACCAAAAAAGUCGAGUUAUUGAGCAUCCUUUCAAGUCUCACCAACCUCACGCACCUCGAGCUACUCUACGAAAGAUACUAUAUCGAAACCCCGCUGCUGCUCUUUCGCGAAGUCCUCCCAUUGUUGCUUCAACUGCCACUGCUGCGACACUUGUCCAUUGGCCCAAUCAUCCCAGAGGCAAGAUAUUAUAAUGGUGUCGCUGACUUGAUUACGGAGUAUCUUGGUCAACAACGUUCAUUGACAUCGCUCCGACUCACUCAGUUGAUCACUUAUGAUCAACGUAAUAUAAUUGAGAUGCUGCUGCAGAGUCCUAAAUGUACAAUCGCGCACCUGGACCUCUCUGUCAAGGGCAUACUGGACGUGCCAAUCACGAAGCGACUGUCGACUCUCAAGUUCUUUGGAAAGGUUCGCAGCAACGAUAUUUGCACAUCCUUUAACAAUGUCGAUCAUUUGGAGUGGACGGCACAUAUUCGCAAUAAGGAGGUAUAUCAAGAAGAUGGACUAGGUUCCAUAAUACUCGAAUACAUUGAGAAGAUUCUAUUUGAAGAAUGA